UCUUUCAGAUUAAAUACCAAAAUAACGCACCAACGGAUCUCUACUUAACAACACACUUCAACCACCGUGCCGGUGACCGAGUUCCUGUCUCUUCCCAACUCGGAACUCACUCCAUCCUCAACAACUUUCUGUUGUUCUCUUCUUCUUCUUCUUCUUCUUCUUGGCUCAGAUUAGAAGAAGAAAAAUCUGAAUAUCCAAACGAGAGAGAAAGAGAAUGAAUGUAGAACCAGCAAGAACAAGAUAAUGGACGCGAGCAUUAUUGUAUACCUAAUAGUAAUAUCUAUUCUACUAUCUUUCACUCCCUCAACUGCAGAACCUCUAGCUCCUGCAUUCUUCGUCAUCGGAGACUCCUCCGUCGAUUCCGGAACCAACAAUUUUCUUGGCACUUUUGCCCGCGCCGAUCACCCUCCUUAUGGAAGAGAUUUUGACACUCAUCAACCUACCGGAAGAUUCUCCAAUGGAAGAAUACCCGUCGAUUUUCUUGCUCUGCGCCUUGGACUUCCUUUUGUGCCAAGUUAUCUUGGUCAGAACGGAGCUGUGGAGGAUAUGAUUCAUGGUGUGAAUUACGCAUCUGCCGGCGCAGGCAUUAUUGCAUCAAGUGGCUCUGAAUUGGGUCAGCAUAUUUCCUUCACUCAGCAAAUUCAACAAUUUACUGACACAUUUCAGCAGUUUAUAUUAACUAUGGGAGAGGAUAAUGCAACUACUCUCAUUUCCAAUUCCAUCCUUUAUAUCUCUAUUGGAAUCAAUGACUACAUUCAUUACUAUUUGCUCAAUGUAUCCAAUGUCAAUAAUUUGUACCUUCCAUGGCACUUCAACCAGUUUUUAGCAUCUUCACUUAGGCGAGAAUUAAAGAACUUGUACAACUUAAAUGUUAGGAAAAUUGUGGUAAUGGGACUUGCCCCAAUUGGUUGUGCCCCUCACUACUUGUGGGAGUAUGGUACCGAUAAUGGAGAAUGUGUUGAGCAGAUAAAUGACAUGGCCAUUGAAUUUAACUUUCUCAUGAGACACAUCGUUGAAAAACUUGCUGAGGAGCUCCGUGAUGCCAAUAUCAUCUUCUGUGACGUGUACGAAGGUUCCAUGGAUAUUUUAAAGAAUCAUGAUCAAUAUGGUUUUAACAUCACAUCCGAGGCUUGCUGUGGAUUUGGGAAGUACAAGGGUUGGUUCAUGUGUUUAUCGCCGGAAAUGGCGUGCAGUAAUGCUUCCAACUAUAUCUGGUGGGAUCAGUUCCAUCCAACUGAUACAGUGAAUGCAAUUCUGGCAGACAAUAUAUGGAAUGGUCAGCACACUAAAAUGUGUUAUCCUAUGCACUUGCAGGACAUGGUAAUUCAGAAGGCAAAAUAAUGUUGUGUGAUUUUAGGUGCUAAUUUUUCUGCAUCUAUUGCUUAAAAAGAACUAUGUAUAUACAUAUAAAGCUGUACAGUGGUUAUCUCUUGUAUUUGUGCAAAAACUGAUACUUAGUCCAAAGAAAUUAUAUCUCAUAUACCAAAUGGACACUGACUUUGGAUGCACUGAUAUUUUCACCUUCAUUGGAACAAAUAUGGUUAACCACCCCUACUGUCGGGUGUGGUAUGUUCAGUUUUCAA